UUGCGCGAUGAAACAUCCGGCAUCGCUAAAUCCUUCGGGAGAGAACCGGGAAUAUCCAAAGCACAAAAAACAAUCGGAGUGAACGAGCCGAGUGUUGUCAAACGAAACUUGGAUCAAAUUGGUGGUGGAAAUCUCGUACGAAGCGUAUCAAACUUUAACAAAUACAAUGGUGAACGUUCUUUAAGAAAUCUCGAUCAAAUUGGUGGUGGAAAUCUGCUCAGAGAUCUGAGUGGCUUUAAGUUUGGUGCGAAACGUAAUUUGGAUCAGAUAGGUGGUGGAAAUCUCGUGAGAAACUUGGACCAAAUCGGUGGUGGAAAUCUCGUAAGAAAUUUGGAUCAAAUCGGCGGUGGAAAUCUCGUAAGAAAUUUGGAUCAAAUCGGNGGUGGAAAUCUCGUAAGAAAUUUGGAUCAAAUCGGCGGUGGAAAUCUCGUAAGAAAUUUGGAUCAAAUCGGCGGAGGGAAUCUCGUCCGUGACAUUGAACGAUUCUACGAAUGUAUACCCGAUGGACAUAAUUUGGGCGGCAUUGGUGUUGGUGGUGGUGGUGGCCAUUUGUUACGAUCAACUCGUCGUAGUCUUGACUUUUAUCCUGCCCUUAUCUACGAGAAACAACGAUAUUUUCCUUUGAGGAAACCAGCAACGUUGAAUACACGACUCGGCGAUUAUGACGACAUUCAUCCAUUCGUUCUCGAUCGUUUUGGAAAGAGAAACUUUGAUGAGAUUGAUGCGAACGCAUUCGACAAUUUCUACAAAAGAAAUUUUGAUGAGAUCGAUCGUGUAGGUUGGAGUGGGUUCGUUAAGAGAUUGAGUAAUUACCUAGUCAAACAGCAGCAGUUACAACAGCAACAACAACGUUAAAUCAUCAAGCUAGACACAUUAUUGGAAUACUCUUUUAAGGUACUCCAUUUCUUUGGAAAAAUAUCAUAUGAUAUUAUAAUUAUUAUAAACGAUUCAUAUCGAUAGAUAUUAAUUUGACGUCAAAAUUAAACAUAAGA